AUGGAUCUGACGGGCGGAUGUCAUGUUCUUGCUACUGAUGCUUGUUCUCUUGCUUUGAUGGUUGUAGAGAUUGAAAUCAGUAUGACCGAAGUUGUCCACGGGCCUCGUGGCGGUAUCAUGGAUGAAACGACGACUGAUGCCUCCGCCGACCGUGACGACUUACCCUUGUCCCCUCUAGGCAAACAGAGUGGGAAUAUCGAGGGCCUUGAUUUCAGGCGACAUGGAAGAUCUGGAUCUGUGUCUAGCAUGUCUAGCAUUCGUCGGUCGGUGCAAGAUACCUUACUCACAAAGAUCCUACAGCAGGUUAUCCCGGAUGAUGUCGAUGACGAUGCUAUGUCGGUGACCAGCAAGGCUGCUUUAUCGGACGCCAAGCGACCCGCCUUCAGUUUGCCGGUGAUGGCCAAUAACUUUCGGCGGUUUAAUGCAAGGAUCGGGAUUGUUUUCCACCUUCAGACCCAGAUCGAGCGCCUGCUCAGUUGGAAGCAUCCAUCCCACACUUUCUCCUUCCUCUUCGUCUAUUCCUUUGUUUGCCUAGAUCCUCACUUUCUCGCCGUAAUUCCCAUUGCGACUGUCCUUCUAUUCGUUAUGGUGCCCGCCUUCCUUGCCCGACACCCUCCGCCGCCCUCCACUUCGACAUCCAGCAUUACCCCAUAUUACUCCUACCAGGGUCCUGCGCUGGCGCCGGCGAAAACUAUCAAACCCGCUCCCGAGACAUCCAAAGAUUUCUUCCGGAAUAUGCGGGAUCUGCAGAACUGUAUGGCUGAUUUUUCAGACUUGCAUGAUUCAGCCGUUUCAGCCGUUGCGCCCUUGACGAACUUCUCAAACGAGGAGCUGUCCUCGACGGUUUUCCUUCUAUGUAUGCUGCUCACCGCAGGGUUGUUUAUUACUUCACACCUUAUCCCAUGGAGAUACAUUUUGCUUGUCAGUGGCAAUGCUGCGAUUCUAUCCAAACACCCCAACAUCCACGACUUCAUCCAGAAUAUUGCCCAUGAUAUGGCCAAGGAAGCCGCGGGCCAAGCGCCACCCCUCGCUUCCGCUUCUCCAGAGGUGCCUUUAACGAGGUUGUUAGGGGACAUAUCCUUAGAUUCGUUCCCUGAGGAACGCGAAGUGGAGAUUUUUGAAAUUCAAUAUCGUUCCCUGGCCCCUUAUUCCGAAUCCGACUGGGAGAGUUUUCUUUUCAGCCCUGUGCCUUAUGACCCCCUCUCACCGUCCCGUAUUGCGGGUGAUCGGCCCAAGGGGUGCCGCUUCUUUGAAGAUGUCCAGCCUCCUGCUGGGUGGGCAUGGAAAAGCAAAAAGUGGGAGUUGGACUUGGAUUGUCGCGAGUGGGUAGUGGAGCGUAUGAUCACUGGUGUUGGGUUUGAGGUUCCAGGAGCCCCCUCGCAAGGCGGCCCUGGCACUGAUGAGAUUGGAGGUUGGGUUUGGGAUUUGUCUUCCUCUUCGUCUCCUCGGGGUGAUGACGGAGUUGCAUCCGCACUGGGUUAUCAGGACUUCGGGUCAAAUCCAUCUCUGUGCGGAGAUAAGAAGAAGUCAAGAAAGAAGGGGAAAGAGAAGGCUUCCCAGGACUAUGAAGAGAAAGGGAACACUGGGCCGAAUGUGAUGGGUGAAUGGAGGCGAAGACGCUGGGUACGGAUUGUCAACCGAAUUGGCAUGUCGGCUGGCAAGGAGAGGGAGAAGGACAGGGUUGUCGAUGACAAUGCAUAG